CUAUGUUCGAUCAUUUGCGGAUAAAAACUUGAACCAGGCAGUGAGAGGGUUUCUGAAUACCCUGGCAGCUCCAGGGGAACUAAAACUGUAUAACAGAGAAGGGAGAAACAAGAAAAAUGCAGUCGUCAAAAAGAGGGGCUUCAGGAUUUUCUUUCCUUUGCUUUACAAGACUAUGAAAGUUGAGUUUGCCCUGCAGACAGGAAGAAAACAGGCUGAAGUGGAUAACUCUAUCUCACAAGUUUUGAAAUAUGCUACGAAUGAUCGUGAUGUGACCAUUCCUCCUCUGGCCGAUCCUGAUGUAAAUGUGCCUGCAGUAGACGAUCCUCCUAUGGCAGAUCCUCCUCUGGCCUAUCCUUCUCUGGCCGAUCCUUCUCUGGCCGAUCCUGCUGUUGAUCUGGACCAUCCUGAGCGCCGUGUAAGAUCUGAAAAUAGCUCCAGGUCUAGCUCGGGCAGCUCAGGGAGCUCUGGUAGAUCUGAGAGCUCGGGUAGCUCUGGUAGCACUGAGCACUCUGGUAGCUCUGAGCGCUCUGGUAGCUCUGAGCGUUCUGUUAGCUCUGAGCGCUCCGGUAGCUUCGAGGGGGAUGAGGAUUAGUUCGAGUUAGUUCAAGCUCCGAGAACUCUGGUAGCUCCAGAAAUUGGUACAUUUCUCUAACUAUAAACUUAAAAGUGUAAAUUACAAAGUGAACACGUUAUACUAAUAUACUUAUAUAAAUUUCCUGUGAUACAGAAAGUGUGAUAUACUAAAAUGUGAUGCCCUGACGUCUGACGUCUAAAACUAUAUGUUUGAUUAGUUUAUUUUUAAAAUAUACUUUUCGGUUUAACAAUUUUACAUUACUAAAGGUAGACAAAAUUAUUAUUAUUUUCAAAGCCAACUGUAUAAUUGUUGUAACAGACCUGUAAAACGUGUAGAAUUUUCCCUUGGUAUGCUUGCCAUAAAGAGGUUGCUGUAGAGGUCGUUGGAGGUUGAAGUAGGUUGACAGUUAGUCGUGAGAGGUCGUAGCAGGUCGGUUAUAGACGGGGGACGACGCCAGUAUAGGUUUGGUUGGUCGAAAAGAGGUCGCUGUGGAGGUCGUUGGAGGUUGUAGUAGGUUGACAGUAGGUCGUAGCAGGUCGAUCAAGGUCAAAGGACGACGCCAGGAUAGGUUUUUUUGGUCGUAGAGAGGUCGCUGUGGAGGUCGUUGGAGGUUGUAGUAGGUUGACAGUAGGUCGUACCAGGUCGAUCAUAGACGGAGGACGACGUCAGAUUAGCUUUGUUUGGUCGUAGAGAGGUCGU